AUGUCUGACUGGCUCCCUCGUUUUGAGAUACUAGUGUUUGGGGCAAAAAAAAACGUGGCAUUUUCGCUCAAACUAGUCGAUUUUAUCCAUUUCGGUGAGCUGCCGACGAUGCAGCAGUUGUCGCUGUUCAUCAUGAUCAUCAUCAACCCCGCUCGGCCCCUUUACACUAUUACGUCUUUCCUGCCCCAAUUCUCUAGUCGCAACUGGGUUCCACCAACACAUUUAUUAUCUGGUCAUCCCAGCCAUUUCCCAAAAGUAGAUACCACUUCGCCGACUAGUAUACCAAUUGCGUCGGAUCUCACGGCAAAGCGCCCCAGCGCCGUCGCCCAGUUACCCAGACAUCAAGCUCAAGUAAACAGCCCAGACGACACCGAAUAUACUACCAACCAAGAGUCUCUUAUCUGCUGGGACGACAGUAAAAUUCAGGAUUGA